AUGACGAUUGCUUCUUCGACGCUCAGGGGUCUGGGCUUGAGCUGGAGCCCGCCCUCGUCCUUGUCUCUGCUCCUGCCUUUGGUCGAUAAAUACUCCUGGGGCUCCCGACCUUUAUGCACCCAGGUCCAGGUCCAGCGGCCUCACACUCGUACCUUAUUGUCAAGUAAGAUUCGAGACGGCCCUGGACUGGUCCGUGUAGAUCCACGACGGCCUUCAUCCCCGCGAACCCUUGCGCCGCCACGAUGGCCCUCGUCGCUGUCGUGGAGCCGAGCAGCAUCCACGCAGAGACUCACCACAGACCAGGACACGCGCCUGGUGGACUCGGCGCUCGACGCCAAGACCGGCAAGAUCACAUGCGUCUACUUCGACAAGUCCGGCCGCGUGGACCGCGAGCACAGAAAGAAACCCCUACAGCUUACAAAGGCGGAGAUCGCGGCCCAGUUCGAGCUCCGCCACCGCGACCUGCGGGACAUUGAUCUGCGGAGCGAGGGUGUCACGCGCAUCCUCGUCCGCCCGUCGACCAUCCUGCUGCAGUUCUUCCAACUCUGCAUGAUCGUGCAGGCCGACGAAGCGCUCCUUAUCAACAACGCUGCCGCGGUAGGGACGAAAGCAGAUCCGAACGAAGACGACGAUAGCCUCGACGCCGACAUUGGCAAUGUGGCGGCAGAGAAAGAACGCGACUCUGCCCACGACAAAGCCCAGGCCCAAACCCGCCAGCAGCAGCAGCAGCAGUUCUACAACGACUUCGAGCAGCGCAUGGCCGCCCCGACGGCCGAGAUGGCCGACAUUCCCGAACUGCCGUACGAGUUGCGCGCCGUCGAGGCCGCGCUCGUGGCCGUCCUGACAUCACUGCGCGGGGACUUUGUGACCGCGCGCCAGCAGGCCGAAGAGGCGGCGCGCAGCCUGCGCCUCGACUCGGGCGCCGGCUCCAUCGGGCUGGACCGCGUCUUCGAGCGGACCCGGGCGCUCUCCAAGAUCGAACAAAAGGCCCGCCUGGUGCGCGACACGAUCCGCGACGUCCUCGACGCGGACGACGACCUGGCGGGCAUGUACCUGACGGACCGGCGUGCCGGGAAGCCGCACGACGUCUCGGACCACCAAGAGGCCGAGUACAUGCUCGAGGCGUACCACAAGGCGGCCGACACGCUGGUCGAGGCGGCGCAGGCCGUGAUCGACAUUCUGCGCAAGAAGGAGAACACGUUCCGCUCGUCGCUGGCCGUGCAGCGCAACCAGAUCAUGUUCCUCGAGGCCAGGAUCGCCAUCCACACGCUCGGCCUCGCGGCGGGCACCAUGGUCGCCGGCCUGUUCGGCAUGAACCUGGUCAACUAUCUCGAGGAGGCGCCGUACGGGUUCUUCUACAUCACGGGCGUGUGCAUCGUGCUGAGCUCGCUGUUCUCCAUGUACGGCAUGCGGAGCUAUUGGCGCAUUCAGAGCCUCAAGGGCAUCCAGCGGUCGAAGGCGGGUGGUCUUGGGCGGCGUCGGUGGUGA